UAUGCGCGGGCGGCCAUGCGAUGGCGGUCGGUGGUGCUGGGGCUGCUGCUGCUGCGGCUCGGGCUGCAGGCGCUGCUGACUCUGCUGCCCGCGCUCGCCCGAGGGCUCUGCCUGCACCCGCGCCUGCCCUGCCCCGGCCCGCGGCCGCCCGCGCUGCCCGGCCCUGCCGCGGGGCGCGGGGCCCGGCUGUGGGGCGCGGCGGCCGGCGGCGAUGAGUACGAGCGGCGCUACAGCGGCGCCUUCCCACCGCAGCUGCGGGCGCGGCUGCGGGACGCGGCCCGGGGCAUGUUCGUGUUCGGCUACGACAGCUACAUGGAGCACGCCUUCCCCCGCGACGAGCUCGACCCGCUGCACUGCCGCGGCCGCGGGCCCGACCGCCGCGACCCCUCCAACCUGAACAUCAAUGAUGUGCUGGGGAACUACUCCCUGACACUGAUCGAUGCGCUGGACACGCUGGCGGUAAUGGGAAACUCCUCAGAAUUCCAGAAGGCAGUGAAGUUGGUGAUUGACACAGUUUCAUUUGAUAAAGACUCAACAGUCCAAGUUUUUGAGGCAACAAUCAGGGUUUUGGGAAGCCUGCUGUCUGCCCACAUCAUAAUCACAGACACCAAGCAGCCCUUUGGUGAUAUGACCAUUAAGGACUAUGACAAUGAGCUGCUGCACUUGGCUCAUGACCUGGCAGUGAGGCUGCUCCCAGCCUUUGAGAACACCAAAACUGGCAUUCCCUAUCCUCGGGUGAACCUGAAGAAGGGGGUUCCUCCAGACAGCCACAACGAGACGUGCACAGCAGGAGCUGGAUCCUUGCUGGUGGAGUUUGGGAUCCUCAGCAGGCUGCUUGGUGAUUCCACGUUCGAAUGGGUGGCCAGGAGAGCUGUGAAGGCCCUGUGGAGCCUCAGGAGCAAUAACACUGGACUGCUGGGAAAUGUUGUGAAUAUCCAGACUGGCCACUGGGUUGGAAAGCAGAGUGGACUGGGAGCAGGGUCAGAUUCCUUCUAUGAGUACCUGCUGAAGUCCUACAUCCUCUUUGGGGAAAAGGAAGACCUGGAAAUGUUCAACGCUGCUUACCAGAACAUUCAGAACCACUUGAGGAGAGGAAGGAGCCCAGCACACAAAGCAGAGGCUGCUUGCCUGUGCUGGUGGCAGUGUGCUGUGUUCUCCUCCAGCAGAGGCAUUUCCAUGUUGCUCUCGUUCCCUGGCAGUCGUGAGGCCUGCAAUGAAGGAGAAGGGGACCCUCCCCUGUACGUCAACGUGAACAUGUACACGGGUCAGCUGAUGAACACCUGGAUUGACUCCCUGCAGGCCUUCUUCCCUGGACUGCAGGUGUUGAUAGGAGAUGUGGAAGAUGCCAUUUGUCUCCAUGCCUUCUAUUAUGCCAUCUGGAAACGCUAUGGAGCUCUCCCAGAGAGGUACAACUGGCAGCUGCAGGCCCCAGAUGUUCCCUUUUACCCGCUGAGGCCGGAGCUGGUGGAGUCCACAUAUCUUCUUUAUCAGGCCACAAAGAACCCGUUUUACCUUCAUGUGGGAAUGGAUAUUCUGCAGAGUUUGGAAAAAUAUACAAAAGCAAAGUGUGGCUAUGCCACGUUGCACCACGUGGUGGAGAAGACGAAGGAGGAUCGAAUGGAGAGCUUUUUCCUCAGUGAAACCUGUAAAUAUUUGUACCUGUUGUUUGAUGAAGAGAAUCCAGUGCAUAAAUCUGGGAACAAGUUCAUGUUUACUACUGAGGGCCACAUCGUGUCUGUGGACGAGCGGUUCCGGAACUCUCUGUGGGAGGACAUCCUCCCUGGACAGGAGGACAGCGCCCACAAAACCAAACCCACCGAGCUCAAGGCAGCCAACUUCAGCUCCAACUGUAACAGAGUCCCUGAUGAGAGGAGGUACCUGCUGCCCCUGAAGAGCAACUACAUGAGACAGAUCGACAGAAUGGUGGGACUGAUCUGAGGGACCCUGCAGGGAAACUUCAGAGGAGCUUGGGAUUCCUCUGCAGACAUUCCUCCCCCUUCAGCUGCUCCCUGCACAGGCUGAGUCCCCCAGGUGUCCCCUGGGCCUGGGUCAGCCGUGGACACAAAGGAGACGGAGCUCAGUCCGAGCUGGGGUAACCUCCUGUGCCACCUGAACAGCUCUUGGUUCAAGACUUCCUAUGAAAAAUGUUGUUGCAAAUGAAGGCUGAAUUUAUUUUAGGAGAAAAAGAAGGCAAAUUGGCCUGUGCCACUUAGCUACCUCUUUGUAGCUGUGUUACAAAUGUCCCUCUAGAGCAGGGUCUGGUAUUUAAUUUGAAAUGACCUCGGGGCUUGGGGAAGGAGUGGGGAAGUGCAAUUUUUUACACCAAGUUAUUUGAAUUUUUCUGACUAGCAAUACACAACCUUAAGGUCUUCUCAGGUAGGAACCCACUGGGUUUGCUGAAACAGAACUGCUCUGUGUACUCUUGGAAAAGAGAACUCCUGGUGGUGUAAGAGCUGUUGGUAGAGUCUGCCAUCCCUGACGCUCACAGCUGAUAGAACCUGCAGGGCUGUGAGAGCUCACAGCUGCAGGAACCAGUGAUCAAACCAAUCCAGGUGCCUUUUUGGAAGGGAGAGGGGGGAGGGAAGGGGGAAUUGCAAAGCCACUCAGGCAGAAGUUCCCAAAGUUUCCUUGUUUGCCACGUUCUAGUGCCUUUUCAGGAGAGAUGCUGCUAAGAGCUGGUGUCACAGUACAUGAAGAACAAUUUCACAUUCCUGACAGGAUUCAUGUGUUAGUGCCUUAAGUUCUCUUCACUAGCAGGGAAAACUGAGCUUCCUUGGGAAGAUGGAAAAGUGUUUCUGAUGAACUGGUUGCAAAAUACAGUGGAGCCCAAAGUCACUUCAAAAGAGAUAUUUGGUUUAUUUUUUAAGAUCCUGGAAGAGCAUCUGUGAACUUCCAGGAAGAAAGCAGUUAAGGGUUUGAGGGAUGAGAACAAACUGAGGCCAAAACAACUAUUUUAAAUAUAACAAGUUGGGUUUUUUUCCAGUCCUUUCCUGUUGCUUAUAUACUUCUAAAUUUGACUACAGUUGAAGUAGUAGAAUGUUAUUUUUUGGGUUAAUUACUUUUAAAUUGAGGCAUAAAUACAAGGGCAACCUGAUCUGCUGUAUUUUCACCUUCUUACAACAACAUUGGUUUUCAUAAACCACGUGUUGCAAGUCAAAACAUUUCUAAUAAAUAUGAAGUUUGUGCUGGAGAGGUUAUUGUUGGAAUCUUUUAAUGUACAGAUGCAUCUCAGGGACUUUGUUGUAGAAACUUCCAUUCCAUGAUAGUUGAAUCUUGUAUUCAGGCAGGAAAAAAAAAAAAUAUCAUCAAGUCUUAGUCUUAUUAUGUGUGUUUGAAGGGGUGAAGGGUUGGAAGGGGGAGAGGGAAAUAGGUUAAAAUUGCCCAAAAUAUUGCAAUAGAGUGGGAUGCCUUGGUGUUUGAGGCAGCUGGUGAUUCCAGCUUUGCCAAAGGUAUUGCUGGAGUGUCUCUUUGAAAGGAAAACAGGAAUUCAGGGUGGCUGGGAGAGGUUCAGGCUGUGCUUGCAGCCAGUACAGGGUGAGAAGGGCAGAGGAUGGGCAGAGAGGGCUGGGCCCAGCUGGGCUCAGCCAGUUCUGCAAGGGAACGUGGUGGGGUGGGAGCCCAGCACAGCAUCCCACCCUGGCUGUGAAAACUCAGUGAGCAGGGUUCUGGGAUGGACAGGGGUCAGGGAUGGAUUGGACAGGGGUCAGGGAUGGAUUGGACAGGAUUCUGGCAGGAUUCCAGGAAGGACAGGACAGCAGGACAGACACACCCUAAGUGCAGUGGUGGCUUCUCCUGGUCCAGGUUUGUCCCUGAGCCCAGUUUAGCUCCCUGAAUGUGGCACUGGCCACUCCCUGUGCUUGUGCCUUCUGAACUCCUGAGCCCAGGGCUGAAUCCCUUCCAGAGCUUUCCAGAGAGAAUUCCACCACCCUGAGGAAGUUGCACAACUGUUCUGCCAUUGUGUUUUCCUUGUCAUUGCCAGGAAUAGUGAAAGGUGGCUGAGAAUGGAGCAGCCCAGACAGGAAUUGCAGCCUUCCAGCCAAACAAGGUCAGCUUCCCUUGGGAAUCGCUUUGGAAUUUCUGUUGCCAGGUGAUGUGACAGUCAUCUUUCCACAGAAAUGCUCUUUAUCCUCACAGAGGCUGGUGGUAAAAGACUCUGUUCCUUCAGGAGCCAACUUUUCCUCCUCUUCGUUCUAAAACUGCUUGGAUAUGUUUUUACUCUGUGAGGACAGGGUACCUGUUAGGCACUAAAAUGAGAGUUUGUGUACAAGUGAAUGGCAUCAAAAUGGAACUGGUGACACUGCUGGAAUCACUUGCUGAAACAGUCUCUUAGAUUUCUUGGUAUCAUGUGCAAUAUCAGGUUUUCCUAACUAAAAGUGCCAUGUAUGCUUAAUUGUUAUUUAUCCAUGAAGUGUUAACUGAGGACAGGAAACUUGGAAGAGGACCAAAUGUGCUUUCAUGAAAUGUCCCGAAUUUUCAACACUUGGCUUGUGUUUUGCAAGUCUGCAUUAAAAAAACAGUGUGUUUGACUA